ACGUGAUCAGUUCACCUGUGCCCAACCUGUUUAUCUCUUCCGCUCCUCUGACUCGCCGCUUAAGGAUACAUUCAAAUCCCAUUUUGUUUACUCUGAGAGUUUGCCUUUGACUGGUUUCACAGAACAAACACCUCAAGCUACCGCAUGUUUCGUUAGGAUAAUCGUGGCCGGUGGACAGUGGUUACUAUCAACACGGGAUAAAACUGCGUCUCCCCUCCGAGGGACAAGAUGAAUGUAUCUCUAGUAGACGCUGAUCCGUCAGCUGACAAUUAUUCUAUUGUUCACCUGGACGCACCAAUCCUGCCAGACAAGUCUGACAUCUCCAACAUGACCAUCAUUCGGACAGUCAAUGGGUCAAUCAUAGAAGAUGAUGUGUUUUUGAACACGGCGACCGCUCAGAUCCUCUCAGGGAUAUUUGUCUGGUCUGCCUUGCUCAUAACAUGCCACCAGAUCUAUACACACCUACGGUCCUACACCGUCCCCAAUGAGCAGCGCUACAUCAUCCGCAUACUGUUCAUUGUGCCAGUUUAUGCCUUUGAUUCCUGGCUCAGCCUGCUCUUCAUCAGCAACGACCAGUACUAUGUCUAUUUUGACUCAGUUCGAGACUGCUAUGAAGCAUUCGUCAUAUACAACUUCCUGAGCCUGUCCUUUGAGUAUCUGGGAGGAGAGAGUGCAAUCAUGUCCGAGAUUCGAGGGAAGCCCAUACAGUCAAGUUGCCUGUAUGGGACCUGCUGCCUUGUGGGAACGAGCUACUCCAUCGGCUUCUUAAGAUUCUGCAAACAGGCGACUCUCCAGUUCUGCGUUGUCAAACCCAUCAUGGCUGUCAUCACCAUCAUCCUGCAGGCCUUUGGCAAAUAUCACGAUGGAGAUUUUAACAUAAACGGAGGAUACCUGUAUAUCACAAUCAUCUACAACUUCUCAGUCAGCCUGGCACUCUACGCCCUCUUCCUCUUCUUCUUUGCCACAAGUGACCUGCUCAGACCGUACGAGCCAGUACUGAAAUUCCUCACGAUCAAAUCUGUCAUCUUCUUAUCCUUCUGGCAAGGAAUGGUCCUCGCCAUCCUGGAACGCUGCGGCGUCAUACCCAACGCGCUCUUCAUUGACGGACAGGAGGUCGGCACUGGCACUGUGGCAGCGGGGUGGCAGAACUUUGUUAUCUGCAUUGAAAUGUUCUUCGCCGCCAUUGCCCUCAGAUACGCUUUCACCUGCACCGUCUACCAGGAGAAAAAGAACGACGUGCCAGAGAACAUCCCUCCUAUGCAAAGCAUCUCCAGUGGUCUGAAGGAGACCAUAAACCCAGGAGAUAUGGUUCAGGAUGCCAUCCACAACUUCUCUCCGGCCUACCAGCAGUACACCCAGCAGUCCACUCAGGAGGUGGUCCAGCCGAGCGCUAAUGGAAAAAUGGCCACAGGCAACAAGAGCUCCCGCAAGUCUGACAAAAUCAUGUUGAUAACCUCCGAUGAUGAGUUCUAGGGCUUUUGCUUCCAGCAAGAUCCAGGUGUUUGAGUCCUCGCCACCCCUAUCUCUAACCCCCUGGGGAAACAGAUGUGUCUCGUAUCCCACUGAGCUGGAUUGAAUCUAGGUGUUUAAUUUUCAUCCGCCCAGUAUUUCAGAUGGACUGCUUCCUUCUGUCCCAGUUCAAUUAAUUAUUUAAGCAACAAGAAGGAGAAUGAAAUAAAUAUUAGUUUUCAAAUUGAUAGCUCGCUGAAUGACCAGAGAAACUGAUCCGUCUCAGCUUGCAAAUCACAGACACAAAGCUGUGUCACCUUGACAGUAUCAGAGAAGUCUGGAGCUCUACUCUUCCUACAAAUCAAGCUGCCUGUUGUCCAGCAGUGUCCCUGAUCCUGAUUUUGUCUCUGUCAUAAUGUCAGAGCUUAUUCUCCGGCUGUCUGAAGUGUGUUCCCCUCUGAUUCUUGUCGGUUUCAAAGAGGAGAUGAUUCAUUUGGGACUUGAGGGGAGAAAGCAGGGGAAGCCAGUGAUGGCUUGGAGUGACAUUUCAUGGACCGUUUCUUGCAUUCUGCUUGUUUGAAGUCUUUUUUACCGAGGAUUCCUCGGCAUGGUUUCCUGACAAAUGGAGACGUUUUUGUUCAAGACACACACGUUUUGGAGCAGCUGAAGCUGGUGAAGCACUACGCAAUCCUUUGUAUCUGUCGUUUCAUGGACAAAUUGGAUCAACCUGUCUCCUACAAUGUGGGAGUUGUAUUGUUCUCAUUAAUUUUCCCAGUGUGGUAAAGAGUGUAAUUCAGUGCAACUAGCCAGCCGUUCAACGAGCUCUAACAGUUAUUCAUUUUGCAGCUUCUGCAUUUGUGUAAAUGCUUUUUGCAGAACCUUGUUAUGUUCAAAGUGUUCACAUCAUUAUCAGUUCCUUGCUUCAGGGAUUCUGAAACAUGAACAGAGUUUUGAUUUGUGUAAAUUCUGGCAUGUUGUGUUUUUGUAAUAAGUUUCAAUCAUUAUUUCAUAGAUGAUAAUAAUGUAUUUAUUGUGUGUAGUGUGGUAAGACAUAGUCCAACCGGUAUCUGUAUGGUCAAGAGAAAAACAUAGAGUUGUGUGAUUAAAGAGCUAGUUCCUCCUCCAAUGUUGUUUUUUAAAAAUGUCUUGAAAGACACAAACAUAUCAAGGGAUCAGUUCUGUGUGUUAGGUCAUAGGUUGUUUUAAUUUUGACACCCUUUUGUGCCAAUCAUAGCAGCCUUUCAGGGAAAGCAGAAAUUCAUUUAACAUUGGGUUCAAACUACUAUUAGAAAAUAUACACUGGCGUUUUUUGUGCUGCUGCCUGUCUUCACCAGGACACUUUUCAAUGAGAUUGUUCAUCUCAGUGAGGUUUUCCUGGUUAAAUAAAUGUCUGUGUUGCACUUGUGCAUAAGUAAAGCAUUGUGAUUUGCUUGUGUAACAUGUAUUUCUUGAAUUGACUAAAUAUACCCUUCUCAAUGA